GGCACCUUUUUUUCUUUGUGCGUAAAGCGCGAGGAAGGAGGAGAGGGGAGAGGAUUUCCAAUUUUCCAUUACCAUUACCAUUACCAUUACACGACGAAUCGAAUCAAAUUUCAGUUUUCACUUUUCAACUUUCAACGGCAUGAGCUGUGCCCACUUCCUCUUCUUUCCAUUUUUCCUUCCAAGAUUACGGUAAGACCAAGACCUCCUAUAAAAGUUACAAUCAAUUUCCACGGAUAAACAAUCUGUGGCAUUCAAACAACCCGUUUAUUCCCUCCCCUUCUUUGAGAUCCUUCAACUCAAUCAAGGGGGCCGCCCCUUCUCUUCGUUUUCAAGUUUCCCCUCUCAAUUGACGCAUCUCUUGUGUUGAUUAAGAGGGCAUGGAGAUCGAUAAAGCAAUCAGAGAUUGUGAUGAUCGAAGACUCAAGACCAAGUACAAUAACGCCAUCUAUGUUGUUAAGAGAGCUCUGGCUUUAUAUUCCACUGAAGAGGUCGCUUUCAGCUUCAAUGGUGGAAAAGAUUCGACUGUUUUACUCCACGUACUUCGAGCUGCAUUUUUCCUGCAUAAAGAGGAAGAAGGCUGUUCUGUGGAUGGACUCAAGGAAUUUCCUAUUCGAACAAUAUAUUUUGAGAGCCCUUCUGCUUUCCCUGAAAUCAACUCAUUUACUUAUGAUAUGGCAACCAACUAUGGCUUGCUAAUGGAUAUCAUCCGAACAGAUUUCAAAUCUGGCUUGGAGUCUUUAUUGAAGAGUAGACCUAUCAGAGCCAUUUUCCUUGGUGUGCGGAUUGGGGAUCCUACAGCGGUGGGCCAAGAACAAUUUUCUCCUAGUUCACCUGGAUGGCCACCAUUUAUGAGAGUGAACCCCAUUUUGGAUUGGUCGUACAGAGAUGUAUGGGCAUUCCUAUUAACGUGCAAGGUCCAGUACUGCAGUCUUUAUGAUCACGGAUAUACUUCAAUUGGGAGUAUACAUGAUACACUUCCAAAUGCAUUGUUAUGCAUUAGUAAUUCCACUGGAAACAAGGAGAAAUUUAGACCUGCAUACUUGCUUUCAGAUGGAAGGACAGAAAGAGCAGGGAGAGCAAAAAGGUUUUCACCUUCCGUGCGAAAUUCUAUGAGUAAUGGGACGAGCAAUGUGGAUUUGCAGAAACAGAGUAUGCUCACUGCAUCGGUCAUAGCUGUUGGAGAUGAGAUCCUCUUCGGCACUGUUGAGGAUCGAUUGGGACUCUCACUGCGUAGAAAGGUGCACUCCAUUGGUUGGUCUAUAUCACACACUUCCAUAGUUCGGAAUGAUAUAGAUUCUGUUGCUGAAGAAGUAGAGUUGAGAAGGUCUUCCAGUGAGAUGGUGUUUAUAUACGGAGGAGUAGGCCCAUUGUUUUCUGAUGCAACUUUAGGGGGUAUUGCAAAAGCAUUUGGUGUUCGACUGGCUCCUGAUGAAGAAUUUGAAGAAUACCUCAGGCAUCUUAUAGGGGAGCAUUGCACUGGUGACCGGAAUGAGAUGGCUCAGCUGCCAGAAGGGAUCACCGAAUUAUUACAUCACGAAAAGUUGCCAGUCCCAUUGGUCAAGUGCCACAACGUGAUAGUUCUUACUGCAACAAACUUAACUGAGCUGGACUUGCAAUGGGAUUGUUUGAUUGAGUUAACAAGAACUGGUGACCUUUUCCCAUUGUUGGAACCAUAUAAGUCAAAGCACUUGAUCACAAAACUUUCAGAUGUAGAAAUUGCUCCAUCUCUAGCCAAACUCUGUCUUGAAUUCCCAGAUAUAGACAUUGGGUGUUAUCGAGAAGCUAGAUCUGGGCCGAUUAUUAUAAGUUUCAAAGGCAAGAAUGAAGAAAGAAAUCAGUUAGCUGCAGAGGCUUUGAGCAAGAAGUUCCAACCUGGGGCGUUCACCAACAUCAACUUGAAUUCUCCAGAAACCUGAAGGCUAAAAUUUAGAAAGCUGCAAGCAAACAGCUGGCAGGCGUAUUACCAACAGGAAACGAGAAGCUUUGAUAAAGAUUUAAAGAUGUAGGUGGAAUGAAGGUUGUAACUGGGAUUUGUUAAACUGAAAGUAAACAAAGAGCUUCAAGUUUCGUGUUCGUAAUCACGCUAAGCCAUUGAAGACAAAGAAAGAAAACUAUCAAAUUUACUGCUAUUAACAUAUACUAUAUAAUAAAAAUAGCCACUCAUUAUUGAUUAUGGAUAGGAAGAAAUGUAUAACAGCCCAAUAUUGGAGUUUCAAAGACCUUAUAAUUCUGGAUA